UGAUCCUGUGCUAUAGCUUCUGUGUUAUGCACUCCUGCCAGAUGCUGUUCUAGUCCAUUCAUCAGAUUGUCGAGGCCCUCUGCUUGAGGCUGCUCCGCUGAGCUGCCUCUUCCCACCAAAUCCCAUCCCUUACACCCUGCUUACAGUGCAUAUCACUGCAAUAUUAGUGUGGCCACCCCUUAUGAGCUGUGCAUGUGAUAGAAUUGUAAUACCCCUUUCAUGUGCUAUCGGGAAGAUGAUACAUCCCAUUUCUGAAUUCGGAACUACGAGUGCGUUAUGUUCAAGUGCUUUUGUUGUUGGAGCGAAAAGAAAUAUGGCAGACACAUGGUUCAUCCUUACUUGUUCACUUAGGGGGGAAUUCAAUUCUCCCAUGUGCGUAAGGGUGCGCAAUGGUGUGUAAGUAAAAAAAAAAGUGUGUAACUACGCAUUUCAGUCUCCGCAAAUUCUCCCCUUCACUUAAAUCUGUCAUUUACGUGCGAUGGAGGGAGUUAAGCGUGUAGCGACCGGCUGUCAAUCAGGGAGUGCCCGCGCUAUGCAUAACCCCGGGCACGCUCAUGGUUGGCAGCCUGGCGAGAGGGGGGCGGGACCCCCGGGGAAUAUAGGCUACUGUUCGAGAAAGUUCUCUCUCUUUCAGCUCUGGGCCUGACACAGCCCACUGUGUUAUAUGCUGCAUUGUGUGCUUCGUGACAAUAAACCAGUUCAUGAAACUCUGGCUCAUAGUGAAACGCUAGAAGCGUUUUGGGAGGAACAACCCCAAAAUCUGGGGGUUUCUUAUGUAUACAACUCUUGCGCGCAUUCUGCCACUGGCUUAGCACCUUUCCAGCUACACGCUCCCGAGGACUGUAUUAAAGUUGAGCACCACUACAAGGUGAAACAGCAUACUGCUCAUGUUGGCAGUAGGCCUAGCUCUAAAUACAUAUAUGUUACACACAGAACGUUACAAAUUAACGUUAAUUAGUUAACGUUAAUUAGUUCUUUCUGGAAAUGGCAUUCAGAAGGUCAAUGAGAAAGUCCACGUUCCACGUUUUCAUAUCAACCUAAAUUAACGAGGUGGUGGAUCAGUCUGGUUCUAUUUUAAAUAAAUCAUGGCUCUUUCAUAAGAUCACCUUGAUUUCGAACUUGCGCGCUGUGGGUGUGACAGAAGCGGGAAUGGGAGAAUAUGCGUAACUGAAAAGUGCAUAACUGAAGCGCGUAAAAAAAGCUUACGCACAAUUUUUUUAUGUGCAAAUGGGAGAAUUUCCCCCUUAGCAUGUAAACUGGAGCAUUCCAAAUUCUGAUAAUACUCCAAUUGGUGCUUUACUCGGAUUGUUUUGCACAUGUAACUGCAUUGAAUGACGAAUACUGCAUUACACUGCACCAUGUCAAUGGUCAUCUCAUCUCGGGAACUUAUAUCAAAAUUAUCUCCCAAUUUCCCAUUUGAAAUUAUGACGUGAGGGGGUGUUCAUGUGCAUUUUGUACGUCAAGAACUCGUAUUUAUCAUAAUUCUUAUUAAUUCUUACUAACCAUUAAUCAUAUCGAUAGCAUGUGAAUGCAGCAUAAGUCCUCAUGCAUUGCCGAUUAGAAGACAAUUCUAAGACCAGGACUAGUCGAGACUAAGUCAUGUACCAGUGUUACAUUUAUUAUAACCUUAUCCUUACACACGCAUGACCUAUUAUCUCCUUCAAAACAUUAAGCCAUAUUAAACUUUCACGUAUUUACACAGAGUAAAUUAGUGCUGUUCUCUAUGAUUACCUAUUGACAACAAUGUGAUUGCUUUCUUGUAGUUCUCCAUGUGAUGUCUGUCCCAGAGGCAGAGCCGUGAUAAAGUGCAUAACCUGUGAUGACCGGUUCUGUCAGUCCUGCAGCAAACAUCACACCAACAUGGUUGGACACCAGCUACAGAACCUGACUCAAGGGUCAGACUACAAUACAACAAUCCAACAAGGUCUUUCCAUUAAACAGAUUCAGUUCACCUCAGUGAGGUCAGACACUGUAUCUUUGAGCUGGCCACCAACAAAAGACACUAGUGGUCGUCACAGGUUCAAAGUCACAUGGACACGAGGCCAAGAACAGCGCAACCUAGUGGUGACGCGUCCAGGGAUGGAAGUGACAGAUCUUCUUCCAGGAGAGAAGUACAUCUUUAAUGUUGCCACCAUCAGUGAAGAUGGUGAUCAGAAGCCAUAUGCAACUGGAUGUAUAGACACGGCGGUUCCUUCACCGGAGAAUUUAGCAGUGGAAGCAGGCGUUUCGAGUGCAUCUCUGACGUGGACCAAACCUGACGGAGUGGGCCAGGUGUCUUACCUGCUGGACAUCUUCAGAGAUGGGACACACCUCAAUGCCAUUCACAGAGACUCCCUCCAUUAUACCAUCCCUGACCUACAACAUGGGAAGGAUUACACUGUAUCUGUGGCCACUGUAUUGAGCAAUGGCAAUCAAAGCAAUACAAUCUCUAGAACCUUCAAAUUUGUGCAUGAUCUUGCUGAGGUGUUGUCUAUUUUGGGCCUGAAGGAUCUUCAAGGAGGAAAGCUCACACUCAGCUCUGUCCUGGAGAUCAACAGAAACACAGUGUCUGAUAAAUCAGCACAGAGUCUGGAACAACUGCCAUGGACAUUCUUAAGGAAACUGAUGAUUGCCAAUAUUAAUCCUAGACACAACAUAUUUGGAGAAGAUCCCAUUUAUGUAGAGGUCUAUAAUACUGACCAUAUCUACUGUGAUCCUAAAUCUAUAUUUGAGACCAUAAAUCCUCUAGAUCUAAUUACUGCUCUUUUCCACUGUGCAGAUCCUUUCCUCAGACAGAAAAUGGUCUCCAAAAUGUCUAUAUGCCAAUUUGCUGUUCCUUUGCUGUUGCCAAACUGUGACACACAGCAGAGCACUCUGAUGCUGUGGGCCAUGCAAGACAUAGUUAAAAAGUUCAGACCUUACUCUCCAGCAGGUGACAGGGCAUUUGUAGAGGGCAGGGUUGUAGACAUGGACAUUCCCAUGGUGUCUUUUGUUAGACUAGGAGAGAGCAGCUUGGCCAAAUCUCAGACUCUUAACAAGCUACUCAGUUAUCUUCAUCAGCCCAAUGACACAUUUGUUCACCAUGAUAUGGAGUAUGGUGAUGUGCCCAGGAGAAUCUCAGAUGGUCUGGUUGAAGUCAGCUGGUAUUUGCCCUGUGGAAACACAAACAUUGACCUGUUCAGAGAGCCUGUUGCCAUGGCCAAUCUGAGAGGAGAUGGCAAGUUGUUCAAGACGCAGAUGUAUUUCCUGUCUCAGACCUCAGCUGCCAUUUUCAUCUUCAGUGAUGACCUAGAGGGUGACUUCACCGCUUUGACCAACACAGACAGCAAAGCAGAACUGUUCCUGGUCACCAGCUCUCAGAGUGCUAAGGAUAUUUGCAGAAAACUCAACAUCAAGGAGACAAAUGUGGUCAUCAAGAACAGACAGAAUGAUGAAGAGCUUGUGAAGACCCUUCGAUUAUAUGUGAGUGGAGUCACUGAAAAGAAACGCAUGAAGAUUUUGAACAUGACUGCUUCUGCUCGUCAGGCGGGAAUUCAUGUUGAUGAGGACUGCAGAGACUGUGUGAAGGGCAGAGAUUAUGCAGAAGCAAUCAGUAGUACUGUUAAGGAUAUUGCACAAUUCAAAGAGGAUCAGUUGCCUUUGCAUGGACAAAUGUGGCAGGAAAUCAGCCAAACCAAGGAAGAAAUGUACAGCAUGAAACAUGUAGACAGGGGGCAAAAUAUAAAGCAGUACAGACUUUCACUCCAGAGCAAAAUAUAUCAUUUCAGAAAGAAGCAAUAUCAGACAGAUAUUUCUGAGGCCAUGACCAACUUCACAGCUGGAAUAUCCCAGUCUAAAGCAGUGCGCCUCUACUUCCUUAAGUGGCUGAAGAUUAAGUUGGAACAUGUUUGUCAUCAGAAUCCUGAGCAACGGAAUGAAUAUGGUCACAGAACACCACAAGACAAGGAAACAACUGCAGGGUUGUGUUACCAAAUCCCCAAGUGCUCAUUAGGUCCUGAACACUUCUUCCGUGAGCUGGGCCAGCUCUAUGAGUGUGCUUGCUCCCUUCCAGACAAUACCCAGGCCAGACAACAAGUCCAGCAUCUGCCUCCUCUGUGUGCGCAGGUCCUGCUGGAUGGAUAUGCAGUUGAGCUAGUUGAUGGAGAUGCAUCAAACAUCCCAAUGAAAUGGAUAUCAGAGGUCCUGACUCAGCUACAUAAGUUGGUCACCACCAAGAGCAGGAUCCAGGUAUUGACUGUGUUAGGGGUGCAAGGCUCUGGGAAGUCCACCUUACUCAACACCUUGUUUGGAGUGCAUUUUGACAUCAGCAGUGGAAGAUGCACCAGAGGAGCCUUUAUGCAGCUAAUUAGAGUUUCUGAUGAAGUCAGAUUUGAGUUCAAGUGUGACUUCAUCAUGAUUAUCAACACAGAGGGCUUAAAAUCACCUGCAUCAUUGGACACAAGUUACAAACACGACAACGAACUAGCAACACUCGUCAUAGGGCUCAGUGACAUCACCCUCAUCAAUGUUUCAAUGGAAAACAAUACAGAGACGAAAGACAUUCUGCAGAUUGUGGUCCAUGCCUUUCUUAGGAUGAAGGAGGUUCUGAAGAAGCCCAAAUGUCUGUUUGUGCAUCAGAAUGUGACAGACAUGUCUUUUCAUGACAACAACAUGAGAGACCGGAAGAAACUUGAGGAGGAACUGAAUGACAUGACCAGGACAGCAGCUAAAAUUGAAAAUAAAGAUUGCAAUAUAAAAUUCUCCGAUGUGAUGGACUUUGUGCCUGACAAAGACAGCUACUAUAUUCCUGGAUUUUGGCAUGGACCACCCCCAAUGGGCCCAGUAAAUGCUCACUACAGCAAAGCUGUCUUUGAACUCAAAAAGAGCUUAAUUGGUUCCUUACAAACAUCAUCUGACUUUGAGAGGAAUGAUGCAAGAACAUUCACCAAGUGCACAGAAGAUUUAUUGAAUGUGGUGAAGUUUGAGAACUUCAUUUUUAAUUUUAAGAAUAGUUCUGCACUUGAAACUUAUACUACACUAUAUACAGAGUAUGAAAACUGGGAGUGGUCAUUUCGCUCAGCAAUGGAGAAAUGGUAUGCUGAUAAAGAAUACAAUAUGCCCAAAGGUAGACCUCUCUCAAAAUCCCAAGUGACAGAAAUAUUACAAGAGGCAGCAACAGCUUUGGAUAAGGAAGAGGCAAAUAUCAACAAACACCUUGAUGAAUACUUUGCAAAGAAUGACUAUCGUGCUUUGGGGGCAGAACACAAAGAUGAAUUCAAGAGCAAUAUUACAUUUCUGAGAAGAGAGAUAGAACGUUCUAUAGAAUACUCUUUGAAGGGACGAAAUAUGAUCAGUGAAGGAAAGGACAUGAACAAAAUCCAGAAUCAGACCAUACGGAGAAAGGUUAAAGAACUGCAGAAAAUCUGUCGCGAGAAAAUGAUAGUUUUAUCGGAUGAUGGUCUUGACACAGAAUUUGAGAGUACGUGGGAGGACAUUUUGGGUGAAAUGUACCCAGAUGUCCUACCAGCGCAAGAUGUCUGUCAGUGUGUUCUCUCUGUGUUGCUGUCACAUUUCAAGACAAAGUCCGGACAGACCAAAAAGCUGCUCUCAGAGACAAAUUUGCAGAAUUGUGGACUUGACAAAUUUACUGUGAAAAAACAGUGGCUUGGAAGAAACCAAAAUCCCCAAAAACUCCAGAGUAUCUGUGAUGGCGUCAUUAAAGAAUGCGAGUCCUAUGUGUCAGGGAAAGUACAGAGCAGCAAGAACUACAGUGAUGCAUAUAUAAGAGAACUUCUAGGAAUGAUUGACAAGAAGAUGAAUGAUCUGAGUGAAGAAUGUGAAGUCUCUCUGAAAUUAAAUGUCUGUGGUCAAGCAGUGAGGGAGUUUGAGAGGGCGCAAAACAGGGAUGUGAGUGAUCCUAGAAACCUAGAAAAGCUGCAAAGAUCCAAAUUUAAUCUACUGUCGGUAUUUAAAAAAGAGUUCAGGCAAGGAGACAGUGCAGUUUAACCCCAGUGAAAUGCUCUUGAAGGCUGCUCUGUUGGUGAUGUUUUUGCUUGUGAUUUGUGAUUGUGAUUUAGUUUUGACAGUGAAUAGGCUUUGUUGUUGAUUGGCCACUGUAUGGAAUCCUCUACAGCACUAGGAAUUUAACAUCUCUCCAGUGUAUAUUUGAAAAAAGCCACCAGUCU